AUGUCUUAAAGAAUUAGAUCAUAUAGCUUUGUAAAGAAGAAUUUAGAUGGAUCUGGUUUAGUUAAGGAAAAUUCAAUCUUAAAGGAUAAGGUCCACCAAAUGAAAUUUUUGGUAGAAGACAAUUUAGAUAUUUUAAUAAAUGAGCUUGAUUAAGAUUUGAAAUAAAAAGCAUUAAUAACAGAUAUGUCAGAUGUAUUUUUAAUUAUCAAAGAAAACAUUGAGAGGUGGAAAAUUCAUAUCAACACUUUGAAAAAUAAUACAAAAAUUUUAGAAGCUUAAUUUGAAAGACUGAAAGAAAAUGAAGAACAAAUGAAAACCCAAACAUAAUAUGAUAUUAAUAACAUAUUUGAAAAAUAAUAAUAAAAAAUUAUUGAAAAAGAUAAUGUAAUAGUUACAUUAAAUUAAUAAGUGAAAGAAUUAUAGAAUUAGUUAGAAAUUAUUAAGUCAAAGUUAUAAGACUAAAUUCUACAUGCAGAUGAGUAAAUGAAGUAAUAGUAAUAGCAAUUGAUAUAAAGAGUUGCAUAAUUGGAUAAUGAUAUUAUCUAAGUUAAAUAACAACAUUAGUUUGAAAUCUAAGCUAUAUUACACAACCAUGAGAAAGAUAGGNCUUAGAAAUAUUGA